AUGCUCCUUGAUUCGCAGGCCACCGACUCUCAACAUGGCGAACCGGUACCGCCAGCUGUAAACGGAGGCUCCCCCCUCCCCGAAGACAUCUCAAACAAACGAAUUACGAGUGUCGAGGACCAGAUCAAUUCUGCCGAUGUCAGUGUGAGCGGGGGGUCAGAUACUGAAGCAUCGCGCGCAAAAGAUGGUGACAAGGGCCAGGUCCGCGCUGGGACUUCGACGAAAAAGCCUGCGACGUUCAAAGCUGUUUCCGUCAACAAGACCUUCCUCGCCUCCAAAGCGAAUCCAAAUGUCUCAUCCAAGACCAGCGACAAACCAGCCGCGGGUUCCAGUACCCCGCCGACUGGCUCCGCCACCUUGUCCAUAUCACGACCACGUUUAGUUGCAAAAUCAGGGAGUGGUACGGGUACCUCAACUCCAAGGUUCUCGUCACUGUCAAACGGCGGAAAGCCGGCGGCUGCACCUGACCCAAGUGUUGUGUGGAAUAAGAAUAGGCCUACACCUGCCCCAGAACCAAAAAAGUUGACAGAUGAAGAGCUCAAAAAAUAUGGAAUUCACAUGGCUAGUCGCCUAAAUGAAGACGAUACCCAGGGCCAAAAUAAGUGGGCGGACAUUGAUGACGACGACGAUGACUGGGAGCCCGAAGCGAUAACUUGGGGAGAUGGCACCAAGACGACUCUUCCCCAUCCUGACGAGGUCUCGACACAGGCACCAGAGCCUGCAUCAGAUUCGAUCAAAACUUCUGCCCAGGACAAACCAUCCUCUCCGGCACCGCCAGGCGUGGCAAGUGUUACACCACUACCAAAGUCUGGAGGACUUCCGUCUGGGAAAGGACUGGUUCUCAAGAGUGCUGCUCAGGAAAAGCCAGUACUAGUUGCCAAACCUCCUGCACCACCAGCGCCCGCCAAAUCUCCAUGGGCUACUUUGCCACCUAUUAAGAAAGCAUCGCCUGGUCUUGCAGAGUCUGUGUAUCCACCUCGCGGCGGCAUGAAAGAGUCCCCUUUCGCCUCCAAUGUGGCACCUCUUCAUUCCAGAGAUCCCAUGGCUGAUGAUUAUUCACGUACCUGGAGGGAUAGGUCCUCAUAUGGAAAUAAGGAGCUUUUCAACUCUCGGUCCGGUCGAUACGAACCCGUUCCUGAUCGGCGCCCCUCGAUGCGAUCCGAUUCUCAGACUAGAUACCCUGCCCUAUUACAGCGUGUUCCUCCAUCAGAGCACCCAGCCGAGCCUUCGCCUGCUUUUCAGACUAGUCGCACUGUUCAGGAAGGCCCAUUUGGUCGACGUAGGGGUUCCUCCAAUGUCAGCGGCGGCAGUGGCUCAUAUCUUCAGCGCAUUGGUAAGGGAGGCGAUGGCUCUAUGCCACCGCCUCCUGAGCUUUUCGGCGUCCGUAGAGGCUCUCUAAGCGGCUCUGUGAUAGAGAGCCCGGUUUCUCCUGUGGCGGCAUCUGUGAUGAGUCAAGGACAGUCAAGACACCAGCCCAUGCACGAUAUGGCUUCUCGGCCAUCUCCUGGGACAACAUAUGCCGCUCCUCACCAUGGAAACCCACAUGCUGAGAUGAUCAAUGGGCCUGCUCCUCACCAGCUGGAAGACGAUAUUGAAUAUCAGAAGAAGUUGAUGCGCGAGGGCGUCGAGCUCGCUAGAAAACGCCGGCAAGAGGAAGAAGCUCGCGAAGAAGCUGCACGCCGAGAGCGCAUACAAAAGAAGCUCGAAGCUCUUGGACCUCCCCCAGAAAAGAAGAGCGAAAUGAAAGAUGUGACCAAGGACCGUGAGGCAAAGCCAACGCCGAACCAGCACUCGGCAGCUGGGCCGCCAGCCGAAAAACCCACUGCAGCAGAUCAAAAAUCUCCAAGCCAAGCGGAUUCUAAUAAAGAUGACGCAGUCACCAUAACCCGUAUUGAAAAGCCCGCAUUCAGCCAGAAAGACGUUGCAUCGGCAAACGUUGUCCCACCUGGCCCUACAGCACCUGGCCCUACAGCCAGGCGGCAAUCUCACAGCCAAGAUGCAGAAUCUACCAACGUUUGGGGAAGUGCUGCACCUCGGCCGGAUCGACUCGCAUCAUGGAAUUCCAGUGCGCCCCGAAAUGUCUGGAGCUCUCCGGAUAACAACAACGGGCUUGGAAACGGCACAUUCAAUCCCAUUAUCGGUCGCACCCCUGCUCAAACAGUUUCAAACUCUAACGCACCGGCUCCCAUUGGCCCUCCAACUGUUGCGCAAUCAUCUUCUCACAAUCGAAACCAAGUCCAGUCCGUAAUUGGCUCGCGUACUACUCGGUAUUCAAACCUGGGUAACGAUAUUGCGAGCAAAUGGGUGACGGCCGUGGCUGAAAAUGACAAAAAAAUAAGUGCGGCAAAGAUGGCUGAACGGGUAGGGCGUGACCGUCAGCUGGCCGAACGUGGAGUCACAGCGGAAGAUGCUCAGCCUGCAAUCAAAGAUACUUGGCGCCCUGUUCAUAUUCCCGGCGAUGGAACCAGACGUGUCAUCAGUUCUACUGAAAGCAAGCCUAAUACCGCAGACCCAUGGAAAGUUUCGCGAGACGACCUCACCAGGGGCGCUUCUUCUGCAGAUGAUUCUAUUUUGGGAGGCCAACCUACAGUUAUUGGUGGCGGAGGCAGUGGCUCUGUCUUGCCUCCGAAUGGCCCAACAACAACCCCUCAAUCACGACCCUCUCGAUUCUUUCCUGCUAGAGACGUCCGUAUGGACAUUGGCAUGGCUGAACCAUUGCGACCCUCUUCGCCAUCUCCUCCGCCGCCAACAAUGGAGGGCCACCCCGCAUACGAAGGGGACAUCACACGCCCGCAUGUCUCAUUACCGAAGCCACUACCAGUAGUCAAACUACCUCCUGCUAUGGCUGCCGCUCAGGCGUCUCAAUCGAAGCCAGUUAAUACAUGGGCCAGCCGGGCAGCUGCUAGAGAAAUUCCUCGCGCUCCUCUCCAUCAAGGCCACUCUGCACGACGACCUUCUGAGACGUCACAUGAAAACUGGCAAGAUAAAAUCAAUAAUCUUCUAAACGGUGGGAAAACAUCUCCCCCAAAGCAUAUGGGAGUUGAUCCUGCCAGUCGGCAUGCGCUGGAUCAUACCACUACCCAGACUUCCACAACCGUAUCUCUACCUUUUGUAACGAUACAGCACUCAGCGGGAAUUCCACAGUCAUUAACUUCAAAGCCAAUGGCCGAAGAAUGCUUUGAGGAGCAAGAAAUGGGCUCUCUUCCACAGAUCAGACUCCCACACAAGGCACCAGAAGCAGCGUGGCAACCUGCAGCAGGCAUAAAAUCAAUGCCCAAGAGGUUUUUUGUGCAGCCGACUGUUAUGGAGCCAUAUUAUUUUGCGUCCGAGGUCGUUGGCGGCGGAAACGCUGUGCGAAUCUACUUCCCAGGGAUGAGUGAACCUAAGGUGGCCACCAUCCCCUUUUCUGCGGCCAGAGGCGGACGAGGAAGCCAUCGUCCGUCAUCACGACAUCGAGGUGGUGGCCACGUACCUCGUGGAGGCCCUAGUGGCGGAGGUAGCGGCAAUGGUAACGGCAAUGGCAACGGCGGAAACAGCAACAGUAACAAUAAGAGGGAAUUUUCGAAUAACUACGGAGAUUCGACGACUUCAAAUAACUCUGGUCGUGGCGGUCGCGGCGGGUACCGCAAUCGCGGAUCUGAAACCUGGAGUCGAUAUUCUCGUGAUCAAGCUGCCUAG